AUGGAGUCUGACGCGUACGAUUACGGCGGUGACAGUGGUAAUGUCAGUGAGGAAGAAGCCGCAGCUGAGCGCCGCAGGCCAAAGUCCGUCAUUGAAAUGCCCACGCUAGCAUUGGCAACCUGUUGCUUGAAGCUUAAACUAUUAUUACUGAAUUUUUUUCAGAAGGCGCCCAUGUUCAUUCACCAGCACAAGACGAGGAAAGUAUACUUAAGCGAAAGUAACAAAAAAAACCCAUGGUCACAGGUGUGCAGGGAGUGGCGCGCGCAAUCCGCGCGCUGGCUCGGUUCUACAUUCCACAGCAGCCCGCCACCCGCAGGCAACCGCCAGCGGCACUGCGCCCCCCCGCCGACCGAGCGGGUAGAGAGCGGUGGGUGCAACCUGCGCGCAGACUCUGUUCUACCUUCCACCUCAGCAGCCCGCCACCCGCAGGCAACCGCCAGCAGCACGGCGCCCACUGCUGACCUGGCGGCAGAACUAUUACAGCCGCCGCUAAAGGUAACAAUGGAUUGGUUAUAG